GGCACCGGCGGGGCAGGCGGUGGCGGUUUUAUAACCGGAUUCUCCGUGAUUCUCCGUGACGUACGGCUGCCGGCUCCUUGGCAGCUAUCUUUCUGGACCAGUAGGCAGAGGGGGAUUGACGCCGACGAGACUUCUGCAUCUUGGAAGGGCCUGUAAUCUUCUGUAGUGAAGAACAGAAGCUCUCAAUCACGCGGGUGUAAAUAAGAGCCGGAGGGGGGCCCAAAAGAAAAGGAAGAGGAGGGGAGAAGUGUGUAUUGGGGGGAGCGGGCAAAGCAUUUUUGGUGGAUGGUACGAAGCCAGCCAUGGAAACUGCAGCCGAGGAAAAUACUGAACAAAGCCAAGAGAGAAAAGUGAACAGCAGAGCUGAAAUGGAAAUUGGCAGGUACCACUGGAUGUACCCAGGCUCAAAGAACCACCAGUACCGUCCCGUGCCAACCCUGGGGGACAGGGCUAGCCUCUUGAGCAGUCCAGGCUGCUUCGAAUGCUGCAUCAAGUGUCUGGGAGGAGUCCCCUACGCCUCCCUCGUGGCCACCAUCCUCUGCUUCUCCGGGGUCGCCUUGUUCUGUGGCUGUGGGCACGUGGCUCUCGCGGGCACCGUGGCGAUCCUUGAGCAACACUUCUCCACCAACACCAGUGACCACGCCCUGCUGAGCGAGGUAAUACAACUGAUGCAGUAUGUCAUCUAUGGAAUUGCGUCCUUUUUCUUCUUGUACGGGAUCAUUCUGUUGGCAGAAGGCUUCUACACCACGAGCGCAGUGAAAGAGCUGCACGGGGAGUUUAAAACAACCGCCUGUGGCCGGUGCAUCAGUGGGAUGUUCGUCUUCCUCACCUAUGUGCUGGGAGUGGCCUGGCUGGGUGUGUUUGGCUUCUCUGCGGUGCCCGUGUUUAUGUUCUACAACAUAUGGUCAACCUGUGAAGUCAUCAAGUCCCCCCAGACCAACGGGACAGCCGGGGUGGAGCAGAUCUGCGUAGACAUCCGGCAAUACGGUAUCAUUCCUUGGAAUGCUUUCCCAGGAAGAAUAUGUGGCUCGGCCCUGGAGAACAUCUGCAACACCAGUGAGUUCUACAUGUCCUAUCACCUGUUCAUCGUGGCCUGCGCCGGAGCUGGCGCCACCGUCAUUGCCUUGCUGAUCUACAUGAUGGCUACUACAUAUAACUAUGCGGUUUUGAAGUUUAAGAGUCGGGAAGAUUGCUGCACUAAGUUCUAAAUUGCAUAAGGCCAAUAAGGAGCUUUAGAGAGCUAUACGCGGUAGCAUGAAGUACCACUGACCCCCAGACUAAAGCAGAGCCUAGGUUUCUGCAGUUUUGUUCUAGUAAUUUGUAAACCGCUCUAGUCAACUCAUUGUGCAUGGUAGAUUAAUGAAAUGACUUACCGUCCAUGAACUACAAAAUAAUGAGAUCUGGCUAUUUCCACCUUUUGGAAAGGAUUCAGUUAUGUACUGACAUUGGUGAGCAGCCACUGAAAAACUGAACUGAAACUACUCUGAGCAGUAGUAUCUCUAAGUAUUAAAGCUUUGGAAUACCUGCAUUUGCCUUUAUUUUUGCUUGUCUGAUAACCAAUUUCCGUGAUGAAAACAAGCGCUGGAGGUGCAGUGGAGGAGAGCCGUUUCCAUGGGGAUUUGGUCUCGUCAGACUCUGUCUGGAAAAUAUUUUACCAACAGUCUAAAUUUGAGUACAACAUUUUCUUUAUGAUUACAGGGCUCACUACCCAAUAAAUGCCCCUC